AUGGACAGACUUAAAAUAUUAGAAGAGGAACAAGAUGUGCUCAAUUCAUCACUAAUUUCAUUAACUACACAUUUUGCUCAGGUUCAAUUUCGUCUUCGCCAAAUAGUUGAUGCUCCCAGUGAUCAAAAAGAGAAUUUACUAAAAGAAUUAGAAGAAUUUGCAUUUCGAGGAAUCCCAGAUGUUUCAAGCAUUUUACUAUGUAAAUCUGAAGCUAACACAGCUCUUGUACCAUCAACAGAUAGUUCAUUACAUAUAAGUAAUGAUGAGUGUACUGACAUUGAAUUGGAAUCUAAAAUUGCACAGCGAAAACUUAAACAAAAAGAGUUGAUAGAACAAUUAAAAACCCAAUUAGAAGAUUUAGAGCGAUAUGCUUAUGAAACGGAUGGUCAAGAUCUACCGCAAAGCGUUAUAUUAGAACGGCAAAAUUUGUUGAUAAAUCAUCUUAAAGAAAAACUUAAUUUUGAAGUUGAUGAUUUAUGUAAGUUAUCUGUCGAUGAUUUGAGAUGGCAAGUUGAUCAUGCAAUAAAUGAGAUCGUCAAUCCGUUGAAAAUGAAGGAACAGUUAGUAAAUCAAUUGAAAACUCAAGUGUCAGAUUUAGAACGGUUCAUUCAUUAUCUACAGGGAGAAGUUAGCACAGAAGCAUACGCUUGCACUUGUACAUGUCCAGUUCAUACAAAUAGCGCAAAAUUAUCUGCUAAAAAAUCUAGAAAACCAUUCCCUCAAGAACAUACAAAUGAUGGCAAUCAUACAAAAACACUUAAUACUGUGAGAAAAGUUAUAACACUAUUACAUCUUUACCUAAUGUCACAAUUGGGUUGUGGCAGAGACAGAGUUCGACGUAAUAUUGAUAAAAACUCCGAUAUUCCCGUAUGGCGAGAUAUGAGAGCUCGAUUGGAUACAGCCAUAGAAGAUGUAUUACAAAAUGUUGCAGCAAUGGAACGUCAUUUUGAAGACGAAGAUUACAAUAGUCACACUUCUGAUUUAGAUUUAUCUAAAGCACAGUUCAAUGCGCGAAUUACAGCAUCAGUGAGAAAACAUUUAGCCAUUUGUAUAAGAGAUUUGAUUCAACAUGGAUUGACCUCUGAUGUUCGUGCUAGUAACAGUGUUGUACCUUUCGUUGGCUGUUUCCCACAGAAAAAAUCAGUAUCUCAUAAUUUCAUGCAUGCAUGGGAAUUAAUAAUAAAGUAUUAUGAAAUAAAAAAUGGUCAUAUUUACAACUCUAGUCCAGCUCAAAAAUUGUCUCAAAGCUUUAACUUAGAUCUUGUCAAUAGAAGGAGUAUUUCUCCAAAACAGAUUCUAUUAAUUACUAUUGGAAAUAUAAUUGCUACGCAUACACCUUACAAAAGAAGUCAUAACUCGCAUUUUAAAGCAUUUAUUUGUGCAGCCUUAAACACCAACAAAUUGGUUAUAUGGUUAAGGUACAUACUACAGUGUCAAUAUUUAUUGGAAAAUUAUUAUACAUCAUGGAGUUAUGUUGUGAAAACUGGAUUUCAAGAUGCCUUUCACACUCUUGAUCGGUUAUCAUCCGUUCGUUUUGAUCUUCCAGUUGACUUAGCCGUACAACAAUUUCAGAAUAUAAAAGAUGCUUUUUAA